UGUGCAAGUGGCAGACUCAACUUUCACCGUCCUAAAGCGUUACCAGCAGUUGAAACCGAUUGGUUCGGGAGCCCAAGGAAUUGUUUGGCGCCAUCAUUGCAGUGCUUUGCCCUUCAUUGGCAGGAUGAGGCCAGUCAGUGUCAUUAUCAUCUCAUGGAUUAACCAGGAAGGGAUGCUGUGUGAGGGGUUGGGCUGGCCAUCUCUUCCCUGGUGUCUCACUGCAACUGUGCGUCCCGCCCAGGACGUCAGAACCGUUGGUCUGACCCUGAACCCUAGUCUCUUGCAUGGUAAGACAGUCAGCUGCCGCGACAUCACUGGCCAGCGCAAGUGCUGCUUUUGAUACAGUUCUUGGGAUAAAUGUUGCAGUCAAGAAACUAAGCCGGCCUUUUCAAAAUCAAACCCACGCAAAGAGAGCUUAUCGUGAACUCGUGCUCCUGAAAUGUGUCAAUCAUAAAAAUAUAAUUAGUUUGUUAAAUGUGUUUACACCACAAAAAACUCUAGAAGAAUUUCAAGAUGUGUAUUUAGUUAUGGAAUUAAUGGAUGCUAACUUAUGUCAGGUUAUUCAUAUGGAGUUGGACCAUGAGAGAAUGUCCUAUCUUCUUUACCAGAUGCUCUGUGGUAUUAAACACCUUCAUUCAGCCGGUAUCAUUCAUCGAGAUUUGAAACCUAGCAACAUCGUAGUAAAGUCAGACGGCACACUUAAGAUCCUGGACUUUGGCCUAGCCCGGACAGCGUGCACCAACUUCAUGAUGACUCCCUACGUGGUGACACGGUAUUACCGGGCGCCGGAAGUCAUCCUGGGUAUGGGCUAUAAGGAGAACGUUGAUAUCUGGUCAGUGGGUUGCAUCAUGGGCGAGCUGGUGAAAGGUUGUGUGAUAUUCCAAGGCACUGACCAUAUUGAUCAGUGGAAUAAAGUUAUUGAGCAGCUAGGAACACCGUCUGCAGAUUUCAUGAAGAAACUUCAGCCAACUGUGAGGAAUUAUGUAGAAAACAGACCAAAGUAUCCUGGAAUCAAAUUUGAAGAACUCUUUCCAGACUGGAUAUUCCCAUCAGAAUCGGAACGAGACAAAAUUAAAACAAGUCAAGCCAGAGAUCUGUUAUCAAAAAUGUUAGUGAUAGACCCUGACAAGCGAAUCUCUGUGGACGAGGCUUUGCACCACCCUUACAUUACUGUGUGGUAUGACCCUGCUGAAGCAGAAGCGCCACCACCUCAAAUUUACGAUGCCCAGUUGGAAGAAAGAGAACAUGCGAUUGAAGAAUGGAAAGAGCUAAUUUACAAAGAAGUCAUGGACUGGGAAGAAAGAAGUAAGAACGGUGUUGUCAAAGAUCAGCCUUCAGAUGCAGCAGUAAGUAGCAACGCCACUCCUUCUCAGUCAUCAUCUAUCAAUGACAUUUCAUCCAUGUCCACCGAGCAGACGUUGGCCUCAGACACAGACAGCAGCCUCGAUGCCUCCACGGGACCGCUUGAAGGUUGUCGAUGA